AUGCACAUGCACUUGAUCAGCAGCCACUCGCUGCUGCUACGUACAAAGUCCGCUCGCCAUCACAAAGCAGACUCCGCAAGCCCACGAGAUUCGAGACUCUUUCAGAGCGAGGAUGCAUUGGGCUUUUCUUCGUCUGUAGCGUCGGUCGCAGUCGAGGCCCCUGUCUUUUGUUCGCACUCUGGUUGGGAGCGGACUUUUGACGUCGUCGAUUUGGAUUUCUCAACGAGAGUUGACUCGCGCGAGAUUUCAUUCGAGUACCUCAAUGUGACAUUCAGAAGUCGUAACACUUCUGGUAAAUUCCGCCAUGCUGCUCGACUCUCGCCUCUCGACCUCACACACCACCCUUGUCGGGCCACUCGGCGAGAAUCACAGAGCCUCUUCGGUUCGACAAGACCGGUUCGAAGCAGACGGACACCAAAUGAUCGUAUGCGGCAUCGGGGGCCCUGCACAUUCGUUUCGGCAACCGGCAAGCUCGCUAGGCAUUGGCUCGGUGCGAGAAUCAGACAGGUUCUGCAUAGCCGAUCAAAACUGUCCUGUCCCCACGGUGACCAAAGCUCUCAACGCUGCGAUCCUGCAUCGGUAGACAGAACACUCCGCGGCGGUACAAAUGACGGCGAGCUUGGCACUAAACAAGAGGAAAACUCUCCGAGAUCCUUCCGAAGCGCCCUGAGAGUACGCCUCGUACCGUGGUCUGUCCGGACAGCUGCUGUGGAAGGAAGCUGGUCCCAAAUACCACCAAGAUUGCGGCGUCUUCGUGCACCAAAAUUCACAUUCCGCACUUCGAGACGUGAUCUGCUGAUCCCAACAUCGGCCUUCCCCGCUUUCUGCCCCGGUACUCCACGCCAUUCGUCCGAUCAAACAACAGCCUUCGACAUGAAGAGCGACACUUUCCACACAAGUGUGUGUUUUAGCGUCACCUCACCUUGCUCACACUGA